UAAAAAGAGAUUGUCUAACUCGAACAUAAUUCAGUCGAUACGCGACGGUCUUUGGCGUUGUUCGCACGUGCUUUUUUUACAGUCUUUUAAAUAUCGCGUCACCGGGGUUGGUCAAUAAAACCGAUACAGGAGUGAAUUAUUGCAGAGAAAAAGAUGUGGUCGAGAACCGUGGUGUUCGGCAUAUUCCUGACACUGUUGGCAGCCCACCAAGCUUUGAGCCAAGUUGCAGAUUACGGGGCCUGUACGAAUCCACGAGGGCAGAGCGGUCGAUGCAUUCCAGUGAGAUCUUGCGAAUAUCUUAUAAAUAUCCUCACUCAAUCAAACGGCGGGGAAGGCACUCAAUUCCUGCGAGAUUCUGUGUGUCUCUACGAUGGCUCAAACCCCAUAGUUUGCUGUCCUGACAGCAACGGCAAUCCUAACAAUGGCAACAACAAUGGCAACAACAAUGGCAACAACAAUGGCAACAACAAUGGCAACAACAACUAUGAUGAAAAUCCAUUUUUGAAUAAUAAACCACAGCCUUCAACUUAUGGACCUUUGUAUCCACCUGUUUGUGGCUUCGUGAAUAUUACAUAUACGAGAGUUGUCAACGGAGUACCUGCAAUUUUAGGAGCUUGGCCUUGGGCGACACUUCUCGGUUACCGGUCGAAGAGGAAUCCAUCGAAGCCGAAUUUCCGAUGUGGUGGUGCACUUAUUUCGGCUCGACACGUUCUCACGGCUGCACAUUGUGUCUAUAACCAAGAUGGUCUGUUUCUCGUACGUGUGGGUGAGCUCGAUAUCGAAGACGAUUACGAUGGUGCGACACCGAUUGAUUUAUUGAUAGAAAAAAAAACGAUUCAUCCGGAUUACAACGCUAAAUCCGUUUCCAACGACAUCGCAAUUCUCAAAUUUGAAAGGGACGUCCAGUUCACGGAUUUGAUCAAACCCAUUUGUCUGCCCAUCACUGAUGAUAUAAGGCAACGAAAAAUGGACAAUGCUUGGCCGUACAUCGUCGGAUGGGGCGCUCUCGGUUACAGGAGUGCCAGCUCUUCAAAACUGCAACAAGUUCAGUUGCCAAUCGUCGAGAAGAAUCGAUGCAAAGCGGCAUACACAGGUAGAGGAGUGUUCAUCGAUGAUCGUGUGCUGUGCGCCGGUUACACCGCAGGUGGCAAGGACGCGUGUCAGGGUGACAGUGGCGGUCCAAUGAUGUACCCAAUUGGCAAAAAAUGGUACAGUAUCGGAGUGAUCUCGUUUGGCAUCAACUGUGCGCUCCCGAAUUAUCCUGGUGUUUAUACGAAGACCGAGUACUUCCUCGACUUCAUCCUACAAAAUUUGAAUUGAUCACCGUUGUGACAACAUGCAAAGUGACGAGCUGCAUAAAUAGUGCGCAAUUCCGAUCGAUAAUAUAACAUUAUACUAGUUGAUAUUUGACGAAUUUUGCGAUCGAAUUAAUCAUCGCACAGGAUAUACUAAGAAUUCAUUUUUUAAAUAGCCAAGCCUCGUUGAAAAUCAUAAAAGAAUGAACAAAACUCAAAAUGUGAUAGUUUUUACGCAAAAGACAUUACGAAGCUGAGACUGCAGAGAAUCAUCAUCCGUUUUCCCGACAAUUUUAUCCAUUAUACUUUCACAAUAUUUACAUAAAAACAUUUAAUAAAAGUGGUUCUGAGAUAUUUACAUUUUUUUCCAAUAAGGACUGUUCAGAAGAUUUUUAUAAAAAUUCAAAGUGUCUUUUGGACUCGGUGUAAUCAUAUAAAACAAAAAAAAUUAACCAAAUAGCCGAGGAUCAGAGAAAAAGUCCGCCGAUUUCGCGUGAAAUGCUUCCGGUUUGUUUGCAAGGGCGAUUUCGACUCAACUCCUGGCCGUCUAAAGGUUAAAUAAAAUGCUUCGAUUGCUUCGAGACGAAUUUCAAAAUAAUUUCGAAAAAUCGUGAGCAACGAUCGCAAGUCUAUACUCGCGAUUGCGUUACGUUAUCACUUGAAUAUUACCUUCUUCUUUGCAGUCGCAACUGUACUUUCCGGUUUUUCGAUCGAAUUAAAAUAAAUAUCAGUAUUUCCAAAAUGUA